GUGCACCCUCUUGUUGCAAAAUGGCAAUGAAAUUGGCUUAUUGGGAUAUACGCGGGCUUGCUCAACCCAUCCGUCUGCUGUUGGAAUACACCGGUACCAAAUACGAGGAAAAGUUCUAUACAUGCGGCGAAGCUCCCAACUAUGACAAAAGCUGUUGGUUUAAUGAGAAAAGCAAGCUUGGGAUGGACUUUCCAAAUUUACCCUACCUAGAGGACGGAGACCGAAAGAUCGUCCAGAGCAAUGCCAUAAUGAGAUACAUCGCUCGCAAACACAACCUCUGUGGGGAAACUGAAGAAGAACAAAUGAGAGUUGACAUUUUGGAAAAUCAGGCGAUGGACUUCCGCAAUGGAUUUGUCCAGCUCUGCUACUUAGACUUUGACAAAAACAAAUCCAGUUAUUGUGAGAAACUUUCAGGAACUCUAAAGCAGUUCUCUGACUUCCUUGGUGACAGAAAGUGGUUUGCUGGGGACAAGAUCACAUUUGUGGAUUUCAUCAUGUAUGAGUUGUUGGAUCAGCAUCGCAUGUUUGAGCCAGCAUGCCUGGAUGACUUUAAAAACCUUAGAUGUUUCCUGGAUCAUUUUGAGAGUCUUGAGAAGAUUGCAGAAUACAUGAAGUCAAACAGGUUCAUGAAAACACCUGUGAACAACAAGAUGGCCAAAUGGGGAAACAAGAAGGAGUGAAACUAACAACCAUUGCCAACAACUCUUUUAAAACAUUUCAUUAGACCAGCAGUUAGUUAAAUGUACAUCUCAGUGAUAGUUGUCAUUAGUGUAGAUUAAAAAAGCACAGCACAACACAACAGUCUGAAUUCUUAGUGGUCGUCUAUAGAAAUAAUGUAAUUGAAAAGCACUUCUGUUUAGGUUGAAUGUGUUCAGGUGAGUGUUGCAUUUUGAUUUUUCACAUUGAUUCCAUGAAAAGAAAAGCAUUUCAGUGUGUUAGGUUUCACUGUUUAGUUUGUGGUUCUGCAUUGUCUGAAUUGUAAGCAAAGCAUUAAAUGCGGCAUCGUAUUUUGACCCAAUAAAGAGCACAGAUUUGUUUCA